AGUCAGCAUUGUAUGCGGACGGGCGAGACGACUUUCAAUCUCCGGGCAGCUCUCAACGCGAAGGGCCCAGCUUCCUGAAAAAGGCGUGGGACAUGCAGGGAUGCAAGCACUGCUCAAGGGUCACUUGGCCCAGCCCGCCCUGCCAUCCCGUCUGGCCCCCCUCGAGCAAGGGGUUGUGGAAUCUUCCUAGCCAGCCACGCACCACCCUCGCGAUAAACCCCACAAUGCAGGCCGCCCGUCACGUUCAAGAGCAGCUGGAACCAGACAUCUACGAUAACGUUUGGCACAGUGUGCGUAAGUAUACGGUUGAGGGAUGUCGUACAGUCUCCCGACCUGUAUCUGGACACAGCGCCCGCGGUGGUGCCGGAUCAGCAGCCAGCUCGACCCGGUCAGGCCGGACAUGUCAGCGCCAGCGUCCCAAGCGAGACAAUUGGACGAUUGAGGAGACGGGGAUACAAGCACGCACUCUUGGCCUGCCAUCUCCACACCUGACAGAUCGUCGAGCCGGCCCUGGACUGCUCCGCCACCGUAUCGCCUAUUAAUCUCACUCCCUCCGAUGUCAUGUACUGUAUGCAGGCGGUGCAAUCCCGAAGCUGCCGUGGUUGUGUCGGCGUGUGGCUACAUUCUGUUCUGAGGUUGGUCGUGCUCGACAGAUACUUUGGUGUCAACAAAGACAUUCGGAUUCACUGGCUGUAUUCUGCACUUGUGGGAUCAUGGGCUCUCCUCAUGGCAGAAUGCACGAGUUAGCUGGCAUACUCGGGGCUCGGGC